UUCUUGAUGGGAACUUAUCUUACUUCCUUUGCUCUCGGAGAAACUAGUCGGUUUGUUUCUAUCAUAAUAGACAUUGCUAGUUUUCACAGUGCUCUGAUAUUGGAAGAGGCAUGAUAGCUUCCCGGCGAAGUUCUCUUAAUUUCUCAUCUACAUCUGCUUAAUCUGGCGUUGGUGAUCAAAUUGGAACAAAAACUAACUCUAUAUUAAGCUUAAAACAUUCAUGAACCAGAAAUCAAGAAUCACCACGAUUCUUCAAUUUGUUUAAGCGUUUGUUAAUUGAAGUUAUUUAAUUAAUUAGCUCUCUACCAUAUUUAUUUUUAUUUUCCUUUCCUGCCUCGAUAAAUUUGUUUAAGCUUUUGUUAAAUUAAGUUAUUUAAUUAACUAACUCUCUACCUAUUUUAUUUAUUUUUUUUCCUCUCCUGCCUCAAUACUGCCAUUUUGAAGCUUUCUUCGAGCUCCUUUUGCUCUCAAAUCAUAAUCAUCAACUUUGUCACUGUCAUAACCCAAUUUUUGACUAACUUCAUUUUUCCCUUUUUUUUUAAAACUAUAUACAAGAGUUUUGUUUCGGCUUUUGGAUGUGAAAUUUUGAAGAUUGUUUUUGUUCUUGAAUCCACAGGAAAAAAGGCUUAACAGCUAAAAGUGAACAACGAACAAACAGAAAUGGAAGUAUGAAACCGUUGUGGUCCUCUGUCUUUACUGCUCCCCACAAAUCCACCCUUUCCUUUAUUUUUAAUUUCCUUUUGUAGUCCUUUCUUUAUUGUGUAUUUUCACAGAACUCCUUGAAUUCUAUCUAAUUUUCGAACAACACCCCCACAGAAAUCCGAGAGGGAUGCUUUUGUUCUUUUUCACAGGUUCACGAAGCAUAAAAGGCUAAAACCCUGACUAACCGAAAACUCCAAAAACUUAGAUUUAUUUCGCUGUCCUAUCCCCAAAUAUAAAUUUAUAUGUAAUUUUUUUUUCCUAGUACUGAUUUAACAUCUAUUUUUUCUUUUCGGAGAUACUCAAACAUCCCAUUAGAUUUGGUUCUUUGUAUUUUUGAAUCAGUACUUUGGAAAGUAACGUAAAAGAUUAAUUGGUUUCUAGUUUGUAUAUAUUUUAUGGUAAGUGAGAGAAGGAAGGAAAGACAGAAAUGAUGAGGAUUGCAAGAAUCCAACAACAGCAGCAACUGAAGUGGAUACCUUUGUGGAAGUGGGGUGGAAGGAUUUUCAACAAUUGUCGCAGAAACCAUCGAAAUGCUCAAACUAGCAUCCUUAGAAAUUACCCUUUUCCUCGCAUUACCUUCCAAUCCAAGAAUCACCCAACCCCUUUAGGAUCAUAUUUAGUAGUAACUAAGUGCAAGACAGCAACAAUGACGGUGACACCAAAGAUUUCAAUCAAUGAUGGGAACCUUCUGGUUCAUGGGAAGACAAUUUUAACUGGAGUUCCUGAUAACAUUGUCUUGACUCCUGGCUCUGGUGUUGGACCUGUUGCUGGUGCUUUUAUUGGUGCCACCGCUUCUCAUAGCCAAAGUCUCCAUGUUUUUCCUGUUGGGGUUUUAGAGGAUCUUCGUUUUAUGUGUUGUUUCCGAUUCAAGUUAUGGUGGAUGACCCAGAGAAUGGGGAAAUGUGGGAAAGAUAUUCCUCUGGAGACUCAAUUCAUGCUAGUGGAAAGCAGGAAUGGCGGUGAAGGAGUUGAUCAAGAUGAUGCACAGACAAUCUACACCGUCUUCCUUCCCCUACUAGAAGGCCAGUUCCGUGCUGUACUGCAAGGCAGCGACAGGAAUGAGAUGGAGAUUUGCCUUGAUAGCGGGGAUAGUGCUGUUGAAACCAAUCAAGGACUUAACCUGGUCUACAUGCAUGCUGGGACUAACCCCUUUGAAGUCAUAAACCAGGCUGUCAUGGCUGUGGAAAAAUAUAUGCAAACUUUUCUUCAUCGGGAAAAGAAAAAGCUGCCCUCUUUUCUUGACUGGUUUGGCUGGUGUACCUGGGAUGCCUUUUACACGGAUGUCACCGCUGAGGGUGUUAGGGAAGGCCUUGAGAGUCUGUCAGAAGGAGGGACUCCCCCACGAUUUUUGAUCAUUGAUGAUGGUUGGCAACAGAUCGAAAAUAAAGCAAAGGAGGAUGCUAAUGUUGUUGUACAAGAAGGAGCACAAUUUGCAAGUAGGCUUACUGGAAUAAAGGAGAAUUCAAAAUUCCAGAAGAACUGUGAAAAGAAUGAACAGGUGAUUGGACUGAAGCAUGUUGUGGACGAUGCUAAGCAAUGCCAUAAUGUGAAGUGUGUUUAUGUAUGGCAUGCUUUGGCUGGUUACUGGGGUGGAGUUAAACCAGCGGCUGCUGGUAUGGAGCAUUAUGACACUGCACUGGCUUAUCCGGUUCAAUCUCCUGGUGUUAUAGGCAACCAACCUGACGUUGUUAUGGACAGCCUAUCAGUUCAUGGCCUUGGUUUAGUGCAUCCAAAGAAGGUUUUCAACUUCUACAAUGAGCUCCAUGCCUAUUUAGCAUCAUGUGGAGUUGAUGGAGUAAAAGUUGAUGCUCAGAACAUUAUUGAAACACUUGGUGCUGGCCAUGGUGGAAGAGUGUCUCUCACCCGUAGCUAUCACCAAGCUCUUGAGGCCUCAAUUGCAAGAAACUUCCCUGACAAUGGAUGCAUUGCCUGCAUGUGUCAUAACACUGAUGGAAUCUAUAGUGCCAAGCAGACUGCUGUAGUGAGAGCUUCUGAUGAUUUCUAUCCUCGGGACCCUGCUUCCCACACCAUCCAUAUCUCCUCUGUGGCUUACAACACUCUUUUCCUUGGAGAAUUUAUGCAACCAGACUGGGAUAUGUUCCAUAGUUUACACCCGGCUGCAGAGUAUCAUGGGGCUGCUCGUGCUAUUGGUGGAUGUGCAAUCUAUGUCAGUGAUAAACCAGGGAACCACAACUUUGACCUAUUGAAGAAGCUGGUCCUCCCUGAUGGAUCUGUCCUCCGUGCCCAACUUCCAGGCCGGCCAACACUUGACAGUCUCUUUGCUGACCCAGCAAGAGAUGGAACUAGCUUACUCAAGAUCUGGAAUGUGAACAAAUGCACCGGUGUAGUAGGUGUCUUCAACUGCCAAGGUGCGGGGUGGUGCAAGAUUGAGAAGAAGACCCGCAUUCAUGAUGAAACUCCAGGUACUCUCACGGGCUCUGUUUGUGCUAGUGAUGUUGAUUGCAUUGCUCAAGUUACUGGUGCAAAAUGGAAUGGGGAAACCGUGGUGUAUGCCUACAAAUCAGGGGAGUUGGUUCGGUUGCCUAAAGGUGCUUCAGUGCCAGUGACACUAAAAGUUCUUGAAUAUGAACUCUUCCAUUUCUGUCCUAUCGAUGAUAUCGCUUCCAACAUUUCAUUUGCACCAAUAGGCUUGCUUGACAUGUUCAACUCAGGCGGUGCUGUGGAGCAGGUUGAAAUCCAUAUGACUUCUGACAAGGCGCCAGAGCACUUUGAUGGUGAAGUCUCCUCAGAGCUGACUACUUCUCUCAGUGAGAACCGGUUUCCAACUGCAACCAUUGCACUGAGAGUCAGGGGCUGCGGACGGUUUGGUGCUUACUCUUCCCAGCGCCCUCUAAAAUGCACUGUGGGCAAUGUUGACACAGACUUCAAUCAUGACUCUGCCACUGGGCUACUGACCCUGACUCUCCCUGUAGCAGAAGAGGAAAUGUACAGAUGGCCUGUGGAGAUACAGGUUUAAGCAGAUUGAAGUGAUGAUAUUUUAUUAAUAUCAAGUGGAAUAUCACCAUUCUUAGGAGGGUGUCCCUGCAUGUAGGUAGGGAUGAUGGCGCCUGACUUGCAAAAGUGAUGGGUGUGCAUAGCAUGGAGAGAGAGACCCCCUUGCAUUGAUGAAUAACCAAUGGGCAUUAUAUUAUUGCUGUAUUCCAUUUAUCAAUAAUAGAAGUUCCUUUCUUUUUAUA